AUGACGACCGCUGCGCCGCGACCGACACCUGCACACGAGCUCUCGGGCACCGCUCCCACAGCGUCUGCAUCGACUGACGUGAACUUCCAAGGCCUCCCUAUCCCUCGCGGCCCCGUUAAGGCCGUGCUCUCUUUCUACAAGGCGCCCGAGGACGGUUCCAAACCGCACAACUACGUUGAGCCGCUGCCGGGCGUACCACAACGUAACUUUGGGGAAUCGUUGCAUGACGUAACCCUCGGGGAUUUGCGAGGGCAGGAGCAGAAGUUCUCUCUGGAUAACAAUGCAUUUGAUACCGUCCAGAAUGUACCUUCAGAGGAAUACGAGUUUCAGGACGAUGAUCAGAUCAAGAGGGUGUACUACCCCGAGGUCGAAAAGCUACUGUUAGAGAGUGUACCCGGCGCGAACAGAGUCCUGCUCUUCGACCAUACCAUCAGAAGGUCACACACGGGGGCGAACAGGGCGCCUGUGACACGAGUUCACGUCGAUCAGACGCCAUCUUCUGCCGCCCAGCGAGUUAAGUUCCAUCUGCCUGAAGAGGCAGACAAGCUACUGCAAGGCCGGUACCGCAUCAUCAACGUAUGGCGUCCAUUAAAUGGGCCCGUCAUGGCGCAUCCUCUCGCUGUUGCAGACAGUUCGACCGUGAGAGAUGAGGAUCUAAUACCAGUGGAGCAUCGAUACCCAGACCGCACUGGCGAGACGGCACAGGUGAAUUAUAAUCCGGCGCAGAAGUGGUUUUAUUUUUCUGGGAUGAAGAACGAGGAUCGCUUGCUGCUCAAAUGCUUCGAUAGCGAUGAGGCGUUGGGUCUGUGGGGUCGCGCGCCACACACUGCUUUUGUCGAUCCUAGGACACCUGAGGGCGCCGUUGGACGCGAAAGCAUUGAAGUGAGGGCACUUGUUUUCGGCUAG